UGAAUGGAUAUUGUGGCGAGCAGCAUCUGAUUACACAGACACGCCAGUAGGCAUCGGAGGGGGGAAGACACUGUUUAUCCACCAGCCGAAACUGUUCCUCAGUCCCCUCCGAAGAAGAAACCCUUUUUAUUUUUGAAAUUUCACUCAGGAACUUUACUUUUUAACCGAGGAGAGAAACACCGAAGCCACGGUUAUCUAGUGGUACAUUUUUCAGAUCUUCCCAUCGUAUAAAUGGCUGAGGGGGACCGACGGGUGACUGCGGAGUAAACUUGAAAGAUGUCGCAGUUUGUGGAGGUUUGAAAGAGGACUAGCUAAACGCUGUGUUUUUUAACGAGGAAAUCCAUCAGGAGAGGCGGUCAGACCCGGAGAAGAGAGCGGCUGCAGCUCCAAGAGGAUUUCGGUUUGUCCUCGGAGAGAAACAGGCCUACGGAGACAAAGACUGUCUUCUGUUUGGACGUCUGUCCAUCUAUAUAUUCAUCUCUUAUAAGUCUUUUCUGUAGCCGCCACCAUUCUGUGCUGUAAGGCCAACCCCAAUAUGUCUUCCAAUGGAGACCUCAGCGACCUGGGGAGCUCUGACAGCUUCUGGGAGCCGGGAAACUACAAAAGGACGGUGAAGCGGAUAGACGAUGGCCACCGGCUGUGUAAUGAAAUAGUCAGUUGCUUCCAGGAGAGGGCAAAGAUAGAGAAGAGUUACUCCCUGCAGCUGAGCGACUGGGCCAAGAGGUGGAGGGGUGUCGUGGAGAAAGGUCCUCAGUAUGGUACGCUGGAGAAAGCGUGGCACGCCUUCAUGCAGGCGGCAGACCGACUCAGUGAACUGCAUCUGGAGAUGCGGGAACGGCUGGCGGGCGAGGACAGCGAGAAGGUGCGCAACUGGCAGAAGGAUGCCUUCCACAAGCAGCUGAUCGGAGGCUUCAGGGAGACCAAGGAUGCAGAUGACGGCUUCCGCAAAGCACAGAAGCCCUGGGUCCGCAAACUGAAAGAGGUGGAGGUCUGUAAGAAGACCUACCAUCAGGCCAGGAAGGAGGAGUGGACGGCGUUUACCAGGGAAACGCACGCCAAGGCCGACCCGACCAAGUCGCAGGAGGAAGUCCGCAAAUACACGACCCGGGCGGAGCGCUGCACCGAGGAAGCUGAGAAAGGGAAGGAGCGCUACACGAAGGCCCUGGAGGAGCUGAACCGCUGUAACCCUCGCUACAUGGAGGACAUGGAGCAGGUGUUCGACCUCACCCAGGAGGCCGAGCGCAAGAGGCUGCGCUUCUUUAAAGACGUCCUGCAGGACAUCCACACACACCUCGACCUGUCCGUCAAAGAAGGGUUCAAAGGCCUGCACCGGGACCUGGGUCAGACCAUCCAAGCAGCCAAUGACACCGAAGAUCUCAGAUGGUGGAGGAACACCCACGGACCGGGCAUGAGCAUGAACUGGCCACAGUUUGAGGAGUGGUCUCCGGAGGCGAGUCGCUCCAUCAGCAGGAAGGAGCGAGGCGGACACUCUGAGGACAGCGUGGUCACCCUCACCAACAUCGUCUCCUCGGGUGGAACUGAGGUCCCGCCGAGUCCCAUCACCCUGGACAGCAGGGUGAAAGAUUAUUCGUCGGACUGGUCAGAUGAGGAGAUUCCUAAGAAGGGGCUGGCGCAGAACGGCGUGGGGGAGGCGGAGGACGAGGAGGAUCAGGUAGAGGCGGUGCGAGUCAGAGCGCUCUAUGAUUACGUGGGCCAGGAGGCCGAUGAGCUCAGCUUUAAAGCAGGCGAGGAGCUGCUGAAGAUGGGCGAGGAAGACGAGCAGGGCUGGUGUAAAGGACAGCUGAGCAACGGCAAAGUGGGCCUCUACCCCGCCAACUACGUCCAGGCCGUGGCGUCCUGAUGGCCCGCCCUCUCUGCUGGUCACCCAGCCAACGGUACAACUACACUCAAGAUGCCAGGACCAAUCAAAAGCUAUUAGUGCUGACAUGUAGACCGUGAACCCAGACCGUUUUUGAACUCGUCACUGAGUUAGAUUUUUUUUUUUUGUUGUUUUGAGCUGCGUUUUUGGAACUCAGCCAAGUGGGGAAAAGUCCACUCGUUGUGAAAGGCUGUUGACUCAGCAUGAGGUCAACGACAUUGUUGUUUGAAAGAAGCUCUACGGGCGAAGAGAAGUCAGUCGGAGGCCGGCCAACACAAACAGACGCCGUAGAGAAACUUGGACCCAAGUUCUCUUGACGGGACCUUUGAUCAAAACUCUGGAUUUUUGGUUUUCUGCUCGUCAUCAUUUUCGGUUACUAGAGUCAGAAAAUCCACAUUUAAUCAAAGAGGACAAAACCUGGGCGGUGCAGCAGUGAGAGCAACCACGACAGCUGGCUGUGAUUGGCUGAAACAUCUGUCAAUCGAUUUUAUUUUUUUUUUGCUUCUUUUUAUUAUAGACAAUUGUUUGACAUUUUGGGAAAUAGGCUUAUUCAUUUUCUUGCAGAGUUAGCUGAGAAGAUGCAUACAACUCUCAUAUCUCAUAUUAGGGUAAAACUAGCAGCCUGUUAGCUUAGCUUAGCAUAACGACUGGGAGUUUUACAGACUUUGGAAGUAAAAGUCCCAUUGGUUUUGUUUUUCGCACAGACGACGUUAACGUGAGCAUCCCGACAUUCCGGAGUGGCGUGCAACUCUCACUGUUGAAUCAUCGGCAUAAAAGAUUAACAACAAUAACUUGUAAUAAAUAAAAUGUCGAAGUUACAAGCGUGGAUGCAUAAAAACAUUGAGGUGUAAGUUGGGUGCAUUUUUGGAAAGAAGCAACGAUUACGAAGUUAAGACUCUUGAUUGCUAACGUCAAACGCUGACGGGGUCGAAAAGGCUUUGAUUUUGAUUUGAGCCGGGCUAGCUGUUUCCAGUUGUUAUGCUAAGCUAACCUAACCGGCUGUAGCCUUGCAUGAGAUAUGAUAGAGGUUUUGAUCUUCACAUGUAACUCUGGGCAGAGAAAGAAAGAAAAAUAAAGUAAUUUGUUUCCCAAAAUGUCAAACUAUUAUUACGAAAGCCUUAGUAUUCUCAUCAUUGAAUAAAAUCAACUUCUUGUGGGGUGAAACAAAUAUUUGAAUAGAUAACUGGGCACUUUUAUUUCCAGUAGAUGUCAGUGCAGUCUUUGAUCCAGCACGUAGUGGAUGUUAGAGGAACUGCAGCUGGAUGAAUCAAACCGGUUUGGAAUCAAAAAGAUCAAAUAAAUCGAACUAUAAUAAUAAUAAAUCUAACAAAAGACUGUCUGUGCCUUAGUCAGCGAGGCCAGAAACGUAGAAACCAGUAGAAUGUCCUGUUACCUUUAAAACCUUUUAACUUCUGAUUGGAUCAUUUAGCUCCACAACGGUAUGCUUCGGUUACUUUGUAGUUUAUAUUUUUACAUUUUAGGUGCAACACUGAAUUAACUUUCUUUCCUUUUAUUGAUUUCUUUUUUUUUUUUAUGUGAUAGCUGUAUGUUUGGAUUAAGUCAACUGAUUUUGAUCAUGGACGGUGUAAACUGCUAUCGGUUUCUUUUUUUUUAAGAAUAGCAUUUUUACAGUCGACUUAUGUACUUUCUAAUUUAUUCUUCUUUUUAACUUAGCAAUCAUUCUUCAUGUUUAGGCAGACUACAGGCAGGGAGAGUACGGCCGGCUGUUUAGAUUUGGGUCCUUUAACCUGCGGAAGGUGGCGUGUUGCUAGUUGUGCUGUGAUCAUGAAGCACGCGUCGCGCACCUCAAACACCUGAAAUAAGUGAUCAUCAUUUUUCAGUUUUUUGUUUUAAGUUUGUGGUUAGUGUGUGAGGGAGCCUCCUCUGUCUCUGCUGAGCAUCGCUUCAGCUAACCUACGUAUGAAUCUGAAUAAUAAGAGAUAAUAGAGAUGAUUAACACUUCUGUGCUGCUCCUUUGUUCCUUCCCUUUCUUUCCAGAAUUAUAACAUGUACAGAACAUAAAGUGGGAAGCAACAAUAAAGCGCUUUCUGCAGUUGGUUUAACAGA